AAAUAGACCCUGAAUUAAAUUUUGAGGUCCUUAGAGAAGGUACUUAAUAACAUCGGGAUCUCGAGAUCUACUUUUGCCUUUCACAGUUUCACUGUUUCACAGUUUCACAGCCCUUUACCAAAAACAGGGAAAACACAUGAAUAUCUAGGACAAAGUUUUCACUUCCCAAAAAAAAAAAAAAAAAACCGAGAAAAAAAAAAAAGAUUUUGAGGUCACCUUCUCCGAUCAAAGAGGACUCCAUAAAAUAAUACUAUAAUUUUUUUAUUUUGUGCACACCCACCCUUUAGCCUCUGUUGAUGGAUCCCAAGGGCUCAAAGCAGCCACCACAGGAGGUUCCAACAGCCUUCUUGAGCCUCCCACAAGCGACCAUGGGAGAGAACAAAGCAGCUGAAAUUAAAGACUUCCAGAUUGUGAUUGCAGACAAAGAAGAGAGUGGGACUAAGAAGCAAUUGGCCCCAAAGAGGAGCUCUAACAAAGACAGGCACACCAAAGUUGAAGGCAGAGGAAGGAGGAUAAGGAUGCCAGCUCUUUGUGCAGCAAGAAUUUUCCAGUUGACCAGAGAAUUGGGUCACAAAUCUGAUGGAGAGACCAUCCAGUGGUUGUUACAGCAGGCGGAGCCGUCGAUAAUCGCGGCGACCGGGACGGGAACCAUCCCGGCCUCUGCCUUAGCAACUGCAGGAGGCUCUGUUUCGCAUCAAGGGAAUUCUAUAUCGGUGGGAUUGCAUCAAAAGAUUGAUGAAUUGGGUGGACAUAUUGGGGGGUCAGGAGGGAGUAGUAGGACCAGUUGGCCAAUGUUAGGUGGGAAUUUGGGGAGACCCCAUAUGCCCACAGCAGCAGCAGCAGGGAUAUGGCCCCCUGCUGCUAUGAGUAAUUUUGGGUUUCAGUCAUCAUCGUCAUCUGGGCCAUCAACUGCCAAUCUGGGUAGUGAAAGUUCAAAUUACCUGCAAAAAAUAGGGUUCCCUGGGUUUGACUUACCAGUCACCAAUUUGGGUCCUUUGAGUUUUACCUCAAUUUUGGGUGGUACUACCCAGCAGCUACCUGGGUUGGAGCUAGGGCUGUCACAGGAUGGUCAUAUUGGGGUUUUGAAUUCUCAAGCCCUAAGUCAAAUUUACCAGCAGAUGGGGCAGGCAAGAAUGCACCAGCAAGAGCAGCAUCAACAUCAGCAGCAACCAUCUUCCAAGGAUGACUCUCAAGGUUCAGGACAGUAGAAUCGGAGCUGGGUUUUUCUGGUUAAUGAUUUGUGUAUUGUAUCACUGCACAGAAGGAGAUAGCUGAGAAUUCAGUUGGAAUUGGACUUGGUUUGCCCUAUCCUCUUGUCUCCGCAACUCCUUCCUAGUCUCCAACUACAGGUGGAACUGUGCAGGGCCAAAUAGCUUGGGUUUGGGCUUAACUUCUAUUUAUUUUGAAAAAGGCGUGUUGAUUAUAGUGUAAGUCAUCCUUUUAAUUAUUUUGAUCUCUUUAGGUCUAGAUGGAGUCUUGAUCAACUUGUUUGUGAAGAUAAAUAUAAAUUUUUGUGGCCAUGUUUGUGCAAUUUUAUCUUAGAUGUGGUAGCAGUUUUUGAUUA